AUGCUCUACUUCGACGUCUUCCUUGUGCUGUCUUUGAUCGGGACUUCGGUCUCGUCGCCAGUGAGAAAGCUUGAGAAACGUGACCUACCAGCUUUCGUCCGCCAAUACGCACCGAUUGCGUACCUUGACUCUACAGAGACCUACUUUCCCAGCUCUAUCGCCGGGCAGGUAUCGCUCACACAUCCCGAAGAUGGCUCAGGAAACAACAUUACCGGCUAUCCUUCACCCCUAAAUCUGAACAAUCUCAACAGUCUCGAUAAUUUCGCCUCCUCGGGAACGAACGUUUACCUCACAUCAGAUGAAGGAAUUGAGGCUCUGCCCUCUUGGUUUCAAGGCGUCAAGCCGGAUUCCUCUGGCUCGACAGGCGCCACAAUCGCCAGCCUGAUCAUUACCGUCUCUAAACCAAACAAUAUCCUCGACGCAUUCUACUUCUACUUCUACGCGUACAACCAAGGAAACUGGGUUUUGGGCCUACCCUCUCUCGAGUUUGGCGACCAUGUCGGCGAUUGGGAACACACCAUGGUCCGCUUCGUCAACGGCGCGCCCUCGGCGAUGUGGUUCAGCCAGCACAGCUCCGGGGAGGCAUUCACCUACUCCGCCGUUCAAAAGUAUAACCAAGGCGACAGACCCGUGGUGUAUGUCGCGAAGGGCACGCACGCGAACUACGCCAUCUCGGGAACCCAUGACCACACGAUCCCAGGCCUCAACACCCUUGCGGGCCCCUUAGAGGACCACACCGACGCCGGCGUGUUCUGGGAUCCCCUGCUCAAUAGCCCGUAUGCCUACAGCUACGACAACUCAACCGGCGUCUUCAGCGCCUACAACGGCCAAGAUCCAAUAGCCUACCUGGACUUCGCGGGCCGAUGGGGCGACAAUCAAUUGCCGGACAGCACACCCGGCCAGGUCGACGUGUUUGGCGAACGCAAAGACGUCGCCGGCCCCACGGGCCCGAGGGAUAAAGACCUAGGACGGUCCAACGUCUGUCCUGACGGCCAGAGUUGUUCCGUCUCGAGCCUCUUGCUGCCUUGA